GUUUUUUGAUUAGCUGUUUAUAUAUAUAAGGCAAUAUUACAUGAAAAAACUUGAUUAAAUUGUAAAAGGCCUUAAUAAAACUGAAGCUAGAGAUAAAAUUAGUAAAAUGAUUUAAUAUGGAACAAGAUUUUUAACAUGGUAUUACCAAAAAUUAAACAAGCUAGAAAAAGCAGAUUAAUUUAAUAAUUUAUUUAGUAUGAAUAAGUAUCAAAUAAUAAGUGGCAAUGAGAGAAGCUCGAAAGAUUUUUAGAUUAGCUAAAACUUUGAAUGAAAUUCAAUACAUAUUAGAAAAGAUUAAAGAGAAUUCAGAAAAUUAAAAUGACAUUAUAA